UCAAAUGAAAUUGUCUAGUCAUCAUGACAUUGCUUUUCGACGGAAUUCUGCUGUCAUAUAACUUCUGCUGCAAUCGCGCUUUCCGAUUAUUGUGUUCCUUGCAUGCGAGUGGUUUGAGGGCUGGGACAGACUGGUUAUAGAUAAGCAGACAUUAUUAUAUCACCCAACGAACAAACAGUGAUGUCACGUGUUGCAGUAGUAACUGGAUCGAAUAAAGGCAUCGGUCUCUCAAUUGUGCGGGGUCUUCUCACACAGUUUAAAGGUACAGUGUAUCUAACUUCAAGAGAUGCGAAACGGGGCAAUGAAGCAGUGAAGCUUUUAAACUCAGAAGGCUUGAAGCCAAAGUUUCACCAACUGGAUGUUACAAAUAAUGCGAGUGUUACAAAGUUGAAAGAAUAUCUCAUUCAAAAUUAUGGAGGUGUUGAUGUCUUUAUUCAUAAUGCCGGGAUAAUGUAUGGUUCAUCAGAUAAUGUCUCAUUUGCAGAGGGAGCCAAAAAUACUAUUCAAACAAAUUACCUAGCAUCUGUAAAUAUUUGUAACACAAUUUUACCAAUAAUGAGGUCCCAUGGACGACUUGUUCUUCUAUCAAGCAUGCUGUCUUUGUCUGCAUUCCGAAAUUGCAGUACUCAAAAUCAGAACUUCUUUAAAUCUCCAGAUCUUACUGAACAAGCGUUAACAGAAAAAAUGCUUGAAUAUGUAGAAGCUGCACAAACUGGUCAGCACAGAGAUAAAGGAUUUUCUAAUGACUCCUAUGGAAUGUCAAAACUUGGUGUGAAUGUACUUGUGAAAUUACUUGGCAACCGGGCUUGCCAGUUAGAAGCUCAAAAUGUGCUUGUUAACUGUUGUUGUCCUGGAUGGGUGAACACACAAAUGGGUGGCAAAAGGGCUCCCCUCACUCCUGACCAGGGUGCCAGAAUUCCAAUAAUGCUUGGACUCAUUCCAAUAAAUGAUUCAGAACCGAAUGGAAAGUUUCUCAAAGAUUUUAAAGUUGUCGAUUGGUCGAAUGUUUGAUGAAGUGACUUUACCAAAAUAUUUUCUUUCCAAUCAUGUUAUUUUGUUACUUAUAAGAGAAAAUUUUUGAUCGAAGAGUUAAUCAUCAUUUUGAAAAAAAAGGGGAAUACAACACAUAAAAAUAAGAGACAAUACAAAAUCAAAGCUUAAAACACAUGAACUGUAGCUGAGUCUGAAUAAAACUGUAAUAUUCGAAUUCAGAUCAGUGUUCAUAUGAUUUUUAUUAUUCAGUUCUUUGCUUUGGCCGAUAGUUUGCUUCGUUGAACACUAAAAAAUUUCUGUUUUUUUUUUCAAUAUAGUAGUUACGUUUUUGUGGGUGGUAGGUUUAUAAAUUUGAAUAUUAUCUUGAAAUGACUGAUGCAUGCAUGCUAAGGAAAUUUGUAUUUCCACCAUUAGCAUGAAGUGUUUUUUAUUAGUUUUAGCAUGAUAAAUUACUUUUGUAUUCUAUUGCUUAUGUGUAUUCCCCAAUCAUAGUUUUAUGUCAAUUUGACAUAUUUUCUAUUUUUCUGUAUUGCUGUGUUCUUUUUCCUAUUAAUCAUAUUCCAUACCAUGCUAUCAUCCACGACAAAUAAUACUGAAAUAAAGAAUGACUAUAAAACUGCAUUUUAUGAUUUAUGCCUGUUAAUUAAAAUACCCAUUUUUCAGAACAUGACCAAUUAUGGAAUUUAGUUUACUGUAAGUGAAAUUACUUUGAGACAAGAAUGGUUUUCGAGUUGUUUAAUUUAUAUCUGAAUUAAAAAAUGUAACUGAGAACUGUUAUUUAGGGCACAUCACCAUUUACUGCUGUUCAGCCAUUAUUACAGAAAUGAUCAAGCCUGACAAUGCUUGACAUACACCCACACAUUACACUUUGGUAUGGAAUUCAGAUUAAUUAAGGUACAAUUCUCAUCUUGUUCUUA